CCUUACCACACUUGCCUCCUCUUUCCUUCUGCAAUGGACACCACUCCCGAAGAACAUUCAGCAAGGCCAGAACUAAGACAUCCAGCGGCACCACUCCCAGAAUGGGGUCCAGACGGACCCCCGAGCGUGAUACUCCAAAUGGGGCCUCGCAUAACACGACUUGACGAUGACGCGAUUUCAAAAUCUGGCAGUAGAGUACUCCCCCGGGAGGAGGCUGCUCUAAGGCUCGUGGGCAAACUGUCUGAUGUUCCAGUCCCUGAGGUGUUAUAUUCUCACUACUCUGAGUUGGGUGGCGACCUAUUUAUGAGUCUUAUUCCAGGAUCGACUCUUAAGGACCUCUGGGAUACUCUUGAUGAGAAAACAAAGGAGCGACUCUGUUACGACAUUUGGAGCCUAAUCGGAAAGAUUCGCCAAAUUCUGAAACCGCCAGAGUUUAACAACUUCUUCCUUUGCUCGGCCGACGGCUCUUGCAGCCAGGACGUGUAUGUCGAGGAUCUGGAGUCUCCUCCUCGGCCUCUUGUCAAUGACGCUGCCGUCCGAGCUCGGAUAUUUGAACGUUACUACCAUUUCUAUGGCCGAAGAUAUACUAAAGAGGAGAUACUUGCUAUGCUUCCUCACUCUCAGAGCUCUGUCUUUACGCACGGCGACAUAGCACCACGAAACAUUAUGGUCGACUACCACACUCACGAGAUUACUGGGCUUAUUGAUUGGGAGUUUGCAGGUUGGUAUCCGGAUUAUUGGGAAUAUUUGAGAAUUCACAAGCCUAUUAACGACAAAAACUGGCGGGAAUGGAUGGAUCGUACAGCACCACAGAAAUGGGAUUUGGCAGGUUUUGUUGCGGUGAGGAGAGUGUUGUUCUAAGGUCCUAGGAAAUGUGGGUGGAUAGAGGACAUUUUCGGAUGGGAAAGGG